GGAGGGACGUCGGACGGCGUGGCGCGGUGACGUAAUGACGCGGGCUGUUAAUCUAAUUAUGUUCUAGAACAUGUGAAAGGGAACAUGACACUAAUAUUCUAAAAGCGACUCAUGUAAACACCUCAAUCACAUUAUUAUCUUACUCAGAGCAAGGUCAGUAAUUAGAUUACUGCUGUCCAUGUAAACGUAGUCACUAUUGAACGUAGUCACAGGUUUCUUUCAGAGUUAAGGUUUACAUGGACGAUCAAAAAAUAUUUUAACUGUUGAUCAGUUAUUUCAAAAAUCACACCAAUUUGACCCGCUUUUUGCAAUUUAAGAUGACCUAUUUAAUAUACCAGUGGUUGUUUAUUUAUUUUUGUUUGUUUAUUUUUAAUUGCUUUUAACAUAUUAUUGUUAUUAGGACGGAGCCGCUGUGUUUUUACUUCCUGGCCACGUUGCUCUGCUGUGGUUGGUUAAGAAGAAGGACGAAUGGGGCGCGGCCAAAUCAGGGCUAUGGAUCAUACCAUUAUGGAAAGGAGGAGGGGGUAUGAAUGGAUAUGCGUAUUGUAGGCCCCUCGCCUUCUUUCUUUUACUAUUACAAUGGUACACUCCGGCGACCGAUGACCUGCUACGAGAAGUUGACGUCACGCGGCCACGCCCACUCGCCUGGAUCCUGGAAGAACCUCGGCGCUUAUUCAUUGAAUAGAAACUUGUUUAACGGUGGAGGAAACUUUGUCAGAAAUACAGGUGUGUCCCAGGUCCUGCAGCUCAUCUGCUCUGAAUUACAGUGAUAAAACGUCACAGGUUUCCAUGAGGCUGGAGCUCUGACGAGGUCUACAAGUUUAUCGAGCGGUAGCGUUACAGUGAGUGCGGUUAUACCUGUCGUACCUGAUGCUGCCGUGUGUCUCGGCUCAUUCAGACUGCAGUUCAUCGCUACAUUCUUUCCGAUCCGUCCGUCAUGAAAGCUCUGAUUCUCGUCGGGGGCUAUGGCACAAGAUUACGGCCUCUCACGCUCAGUGUGCCCAAGCCGCUGGUGGAGUUCUGUAACAAACCCAUCCUGCUCCAUCAGGUGGAAGCCUUAGUCAAGGCGGGAGUCCGUCAUGUCGUCCUGGCCGUCAGCUACAUGUCCGACCUCCUGGAAAGAGAGAUGAAGACACAGGAACAGAGACUCGGAAUAAAAAUCUCCCUUUCCCAUGAGAAGGAGCCGCUGGGGACAGCUGGUCCUCUCGCUCUGGCUCGUGAGCUGCUGACGGACAGCGACGAGCCUUUUUUUGUGCUCAACAGUGAUGUGAUCUGUGACUUCCCAUUCGAGGACAUGCUUAAAUUCCACAAGAACCACGGCAAAGAGGGAACCAUUGUCGUAACUAAAGUGGAGGAGCCGUCGAAGUACGGCGUGGUGGUGUACGAGGGCGAGACCGGCCGCAUUCACCGCUUCGUCGAGAAGCCGCAGGUGUUCGUCUCCAACAAGAUCAAUGCCGGAAUGUACAUCUUUAGCCCGAGCAUGCUGAGGAGAAUACAGUUGCGACCCACCUCUAUUGAGAAGGAGAUUUUCCCAGUCAUGGCUGAGGAGGGACAGCUUUAUGCCAUGGAGCUUCAAGGGUUCUGGAUGGACAUCGGUCAGCCUAAAGACUUCCUGACUGGCAUGUGUAUGUACCUGCAGUCUGUCCGACAGAACGCUCCCGAGAGGCUCCGCACUGGACCCGGCUUCCUCGGCAACGUGUUAGUGGACCCAACGGCGGUGAUCGGGGAGAACUGCACAAUCGGGCCCAACGUGACCAUCGGCGCCGGGGUGGUGCUGGAGGAUGGCGUGAGGAUCAAACGCUGCACCGUGCUGAAGGGAGCUCAUAUCCGCUCACACUCCUGGCUUGAGUCGUGCAUCGUGGGCUGGAGCUCUUCUGUAGGACAAUGGGUGAGGAUGGAGAACGUCAGUGUUCUGGGAGAGGACGUGAUCGUCAGCGAUGAGCUCUACAUCAACGGCGCUAACGUUCUGCCCCACAAGUCCAUCACAGACUCUGUGCCCGAGCCUCGCAUCAUCAUGUAGAAAUCACAUACAUUCUUGUACUUCUCCGUGCCUGAGUGUGUAUCAGGAGAGCGCUAAUGGUGUGAGGCAUGGCUGGGAAUUUUAGCGGGAGGGUUGUAAGUAUUGUAAAAGACGGGCGGUGACGUUCCUGUAUUUAAGUGUCGAGAUGAAGGUUUGUCUAGAGUUCUUCUAGAUCUGCCCUGUGUAUAUGAAAAGAUGAAGGUUGGAUCGAAUGUCACAUUGCCUUAAAAACGGGGAGCCUGUGUCCUUUA